AUGGCAACCAAAUCCUUUCUCAAGGCCCCCAAAGCCCCACUCUUGUUCCUCCGCAAUCCCUUUUUGGCUGCAGCCCCUCCCAAAACCACUGCUGCUGCAAAUACUCCCAUCAUUCAGUCCUUUCAAUCUGCGCAGUCUUCCACUCAGAAGCCGCUCUUUGAACCCUCGGCUCUAUCCAGGUUCCUAUACGAAGAACCGUCUAAGGUUGAAGGAUUUGGGUUUGAUGGUGUGAGAAAUGGACCCCUUUUGCCCGGAGACUCUAGCUUUGGUCUCCGGGCCAGGGCCGGGACUGGCGGGUCCCCUGGCGACACUAGCAGGGAGGAUGAGGAUGAAACCAAUGAUGAUGAGAAGACAGAUUGGUGGAGCGAUGAUGAUGAUGAUGAUGAUGAUGAUGAUGAUGAUGAUAAUGAUGAUGGUGAUAAUGAUGGCGAUGACUGUGAUUGUUAG